CGGAACUAUAUAGUGGGAUAAAACGUCCCCUCCCACGUAUGUGUUGUGGGGGGUGCUGAACAAGCCUGCAAGGAGAGAGAGGAAGAAAGAGAGAGUGAGAGUUAGAGAGAGAGAGGGAGAAAGAGAGAGAGGGGGAGUUCUGCUCAGCUCCUUGUUUCUCACUGCCUGUGUGAUUUCCAGUGUAAUCUCUGAGUCAAUGCUUGACUGUAAAAAGCAUGAAAAGUAAGAGCCUGCAGCUCAGAGCAGGAGUGAGAGGAAGGUGUUCACCAGCGAACUGAACUCCAAGGCCUGUCCACAGGCAACCAUGUGCAGCUCCCUGAGUCCUAAACAUCUCAUUGGGCCUGGCCUUACAGACCUCCAGCAGUAUCACCAGUGGCUGGCCAGUCGUCAUGAAGCCAGUCUGCUGCCCAUGAAGGAGGACCUGGCCCUGUGGCUCACUAAUAUGCUGGGUCUGGAAAUCACCGCAGAGAGCUUCAUGGAUCGCCUAGACAAUGGAUUCUUGUUGUGCCAGCUGGCUGAGACGCUACAGCAGAAGUUCAAGCAAAGUAAUGGAGAUCUGCCUGCCCUUGGCAACAAUAAGCAGAGUUUUCCCUAUCGGAGGAUACCGUGUCGGCGCAGUGCUCCCUCUGGAUCUUUCUUUGCGCGGGACAACACGGCUAACUUUUUGUCCUGGUGUCGGGAGGUUGGAGUUGGAGAAACGUGUCUGUUUGAGUCCGAGGGUUUAGUUCUUCACAAACAACCGCGUGAAGUGUGUCUCUGUCUCUUAGAGUUGGGACGGAUAGCAUCGAGGUACAAUGUGGAGCCGCCUGGUCUCAUCAAACUAGAGAAAGAAAUUGAACAAGAAGAGAAAACGACUCUACCUCCCCCCUCACCUGUAUCUCCGGCUCCACCCUUUCCUCCGUCACCUGCCUCAUCUCCAUCUCCCUCACCUUCUCCAUCCCCCUCACCGUCUCCUUCCCCGACUCCUCCCAAAGUGACAUCUACAAAGAAAAGCGCAGGGAAGCUUCUGGAUGAUGCCGUCAGACACAUCGCUGACGACCCCCCCUGCAGGUGUCCAAAUAAAUUCUGUGUGGAGAGACAGUCACAGGGUCGGUACAGAGUGGGGGAGAAGAUGCUCUUUAUACGAAUGCUGCACAACAAACAUGUGAUGGUGCGUGUUGGUGGAGGCUGGGAGACCUUCGAGAGCUACCUGCUCAAACACGACCCAUGCCGCGUGCUCCAGUUCUCCAGGGUGGACGGCAAGUCUUCUCCUAUCAGCAGCAAGUCUCCAAAUAUCAAAGACCUGAGCCCUGACAGUUACCUGGUGGUGGCAGCACACUACCGCAGCAAAAAAUGAGGAGACGCAGCCUUGUGCAAAGGUUUUAGACAGGUGCAUGUAUUUGUUACUUACACCCUUUAAGCAGUUUCAUCAAGAAUUUAAAUCAAAUGUCAAGAACAUGAAUUUUUAUUACAUUAAGAGCACAAGUUUAACUGUCUUUUUUAACUUCCCCAAAGCUGUCAUGAUGGAGCCAGUUUCCCUUAGUUAGGAAUCGAGGCCUACACCCUGGGUGACCAGGUCCAUGGUAAUGGUGGCCACAAUGCCUUCUGGAGUUAGUUGAUCAGAAUGAGUUUCCGGAUUUCUUAAAAAAAAAGUGUCCCAUUAGUAAAGGACAAACAGGACAGGGAUGAUGUCUGUCCAACAUAUGGAUGGUUUACUAACAGUGUGGCAUCGCACUUGUGUAAUACUGAUGUGUUUUCAGAUAUAUUUUUGAAUGUUACACCAGAUGGGUGUCUGGUGUCAUACAAGCUUGGCUUGUGGAUAUAUUUGUUAAUUAUGUAACAUUAAUCAUAAACAUAUGUUAUUCUCUUCAUGGUUGGUACAAACUAAAGUUUACAAAUUGUUUUUAAUUGCAAUUUUACAAAGUGUACCAACAUGGAAAUAAGAUUUUUUUUUUGUGGUCUUCUAAUGACCUACGAUAGGUCUGUGAUUUUUCUUGUGUAAACUGCAUUUGAUGAGUUCAGUUGUUUCAUUCCAGGAGGUCGGCAUCAUCACUUCGACCUGAAGUGGAUUUAUUUGUGUGUGGUUGAUGGUAGGAGUAGAUUUUCUAUUAUAUCUAUUUUCCUAUUUUACACUUACGUCCUUUAACCAUAAUUUUUGUUCCAGUUCAAUGAAUGAUUGUAGUAAAUCCAAUCACUCAGACAACAAAGUGUAAUUUAGUUUUCAGCUGGUACAUGUAUACAUUUUCUAUGCAAAGCCUUUUUUUAUCAUUAGUAUUGUUAAGUGACCCCUAGUGGCAGUGCAGUUAGUUAUUCUUAACAUUUUUUUAAUAGAGUGCUACAUUCAAAGGCCUCUAACCUAGAGAACUGGUUUGAGUUGUCUCUGCCCUGUGGUUGGUAAAGGUCCAGCCUCUGUUUGUAAAUAUGUUUCAGAUCAUUCUGAAGACUUGAUCAUUAAAAACACAAUUGUUUUCUUAAUUGUUGAUUGGCAAUGAGUCAGUCAUGUUUAGCUUUUCCUUUACCACAAACCAAAGCCAAAUAAGCUUUACCAGUAUGUUUGAAUGGAAGUUGUGUUGUCAAUCAUACAUAAUGCUAAAAAAAAUUAAUACCACAUGUAUUUUAACAUUGGUAAAUUUUAAGAUGCCAGAAUUGAUCUGCUGACUUUUUGUUAUAACUCAAUUUCCAUAAUAUAAAAAAUACAACAGGAGCAGAAAUACAAUUUAUUGUAGCAAAUAACAUUGGCUUUUCUUGUCUACAAAUUGAAAAAGAGCGAGGAGAGAGAGAGACUGAGCACCACUGUAAGAGGCCACAGGAAGUACACUCAAACGAGCGUCAUCAAGGAUUACAACAUCACAUAUGUGUACUCUGAUGAUCUUUACGUCAGAUAUUUAUUUGAACACAUCUUCACAUUCAUUAAGUCAGAUCACCUGUGUCAAAUAGAAUUAAUUUGGUGUGCUAACUAUUGACUUCAAUCUAUCCUAUAGCCCAUAUGAAUCAAGCUACAAACACAUUAGCGUUGCACAUUCAUUAUAACUCAAAGCAAACUUAAAAGUGACUUGUAGGAGAGUGUGUCAGAGUACUGGUGAAGGUCAGACUGCUGUUAAACAGAGUCUGUGAAGGUAAACUGCACAGUUUUCAGUUUGCAUGAUAAAAUGUUGCAUUGUCUGCAGUCGCAGCACAUCUCUGCAGGUGGAGAAUUUGUGCUGAACUUCCUCAAAUGUUAGGUAACAACUAAGAAGCCCUGACCAAGGUGAAAAUGGUGGUACCUUGAAGCACACUGUAGUAGUACUGCAAAUAAAUGUAGUAUCUUCUCUGUAAA